AUGGCCGACGAAAGCUCACCUCCAGACUGGGUCCGCGCUCUCAAGCCGGCCGGACCACAAGGCUCAGAGAUCCUCAAGCAGGAACGUGCCGCUUCGAACGUCAACGUCGAUCAAUUGACAUCGUUCCUCUUCGGCAAGGAAGCACUGGACCGCAAGCGAGAUGUGCUCAAGAUCUUGCAAGGCGAGCCAAUCUUCGAGAAGAGCCAGGACUACUUCGAGGGCCGCUUCGAGAAGUUUGAAAGAGCUCUGGGACGGGCAAAGAAGCUCAGACAGCUGACCGUCAAGCACAACUGGUCGCAGGAGGAGUCCCGAGUCGCCAAUGACUUGAUCAGCGAGCCUCUCCCAUAUGGCCUUCACGAGGGCAUGUACCUGAAGACACUGCGGGACCAGGGUACUCCAGAGCAACACGAGAAGUUCUUGAAGCCAGCUGAGGCAUACCAGCAUAUUGGAUGUUAUGCGCAGACCGAGUUGGGUCAUGGAAGUAACGUGCGAGGUCUGGAGACACUUGCCAUCUGGAACAAGGAGGAUCAGACUUUCACUAUCCACUCCCCUCACCUCACUUCGUCGAAGUGGUGGAUCGGAUCGUUGGGUAAGACGGCCAACCAUGCCUCUGUCAUGGCACAGCUCAUUAUCGAUGGCAAGCCGUAUGGACCACAUCCUUUCGUUGUGCAGAUUAGAGAUUUGAAGACACACAAGCUUCUGCCGAAUGUCUACGCUGGAGACAUUGGUCCAAAGUUCGGUUACAACACCAUGGACAACGGUUUCUUACUUUUCAACAAGGUCAAGAUCCCACACGGCAACAUGUUGGCCAGAUACUCAGCAGUCGACCCAAAGACGAACAAGUACAUCAAGCCGUCCUCACCAACAUUGGUCUACGGCACUCUCACCUGGGUCCGAAGCACCAUCGUUCUACAGUCCGGUAGUGUUCUUGCCCGCGGUGUAACCAUCGCGACUCGAUACCUCGCCGUCCGCCGACAGUUCCAAGAUCGUGAUGCUCCAGAAUGGCAGAAGGGUGAGAACCAAACACUCAACUACACUAUGGUCCAAAUCCGUCUCCUCCCACUCCUCGCAACCUGCUUCGCCCUGCACUACACAGGCAAGGGCAUGAUGGCACUCUAUGAAGCCAACCAAAAGAAGAUGUCCGCCAGCAAGAGAAGCGUAGGCCAAGAACAAACGAUCCGCGGCGCCGGACCAGAAGAGACACAAUCCGGCAGCGACCUCCUCGCCGACCUCCACGGCACAUCCUGCGGCCUCAAAUCCCUCUGCUCCCACACCGCCGUCGAAGGCCUCGAGAUGUGCCGUCGCGCAAUGGGUGGCCACGGCUACUCCGCCUUCUCCGGCGUCGGACACUGGUUCCUCGACUACGCUCCCACCGCCACAUGGGAGGGUGACAAUUACAUGCUAACCCAGCAAGUCGCCCGCUACCUCCUCAAGUCCGCCCGCACAGUCCUCAAAGGCAACGAGCCCAACAAUGACACAACCGAAAUUCUCGCCUACUACCUCAAGCGCCAAGACGUCGGCGCCGCAUUCGACAUUCUCGGCAAGGACGAGGACAUCGUCGCCGCAUACGCUUGGAGGUCCGCAUACUUCACCUUCGAAGCCCUGAAGCAGAGAGACGAACUCAAGCAGAGCUGGAACAGCCUCCUCGUCCAAUUCUGGAAACUCAGCAGAGCGCACUCCCAAUACCUCGUUGUCAAGAACUUCUACGAAACAAUCCACUCCAACGAAAUCAGCCAAGAACUCGACCCCGAAACGCUGGCCCUCCAACACAAACUCUUCCGCCUCUACUCCCUCUACACCCUCGAGUCCGAAUCCAGCGAGUUUUUCACCUCCUCCGCCUGCACAGUAGCGCAGAUCCGGCUCGCGCGGACGAGGGCGGUGAUGCAGCUUCUUGAGGAGAUCCGACCUCAUGCUAUUCGGUUGGUCGAUAGUUGGGAUUUCCCGGAUUGGCAGCUGAAUUCGAGUUUGGGGCGGUAUGAUGGGAAGGUUUAUGAGGAUAUGUUUUAUAGGGCGAGUGAGUUGAAUCCGUUGAACAAGGUGAUGGCGGACCCGUACCCGGAUAGUGCGGUGUUGUUUAAGGGGAGGGAGAACCCGCAGUUGAAGGGGAAGCUCUGA